UUUGCGUCAUUUUCACAACAUCUGGUGUUGCUUUCCUUGUACCACACGAUCAGUAUGGCUCAUCUAAUGCCCAUUUAACCAGCCAGAGAAGAAGAAGAAGACGAAGAUAGUAACUGAAGGAGAGAGGUUAAAUUAGGGGCUUUUCAUUUCGUAGUGGUCCUAAUCCCAAAUUCGAAAUCUUUUUUUACUGAUUUUGAUCUCUCCGGUCAUGUCGUCUGUAUGUGUUAACGAAGCACUAACCGACGACGAGCUCAGAUGGGUAUUGUCGAGGCUUGACAGUGAAAAGGACAAGGAAUUGUUUGGUUUGGUCUGCAAGAGGUGGCUAAAUCUGCAGAGCACCGACAGGAAGAAGCUGGCGGCUCGUGCUGGUCCACAUAUGCUCCGCCGUCUUGCCUCUAGGUUCACUCAAAUCGUCGAAUUGGACUUGUCUCAGUCAAUCUCUAGGUCUUUUUAUCCAGGUGUCACUGAUUCUGACCUUGCUGUUAUCUCUGAUGGAUUCAAGUGUCUCAGAGUUCUUAAUCUUCAUAACUGUAAAGGUAUUACAGAUACUGGAUUGGCCUCAAUUGGGAGGUGUCUUUCUUUACUGCAGUUUUUGGAUGUGUCCUACUGCAGAAAGCUCUCGGAUAAAGGACUAUCAGCUGUUGCAGAAGGCUGCCAUGAUCUAAGGGCAUUGCAUCUAGCGGGUUGUCGUUUCAUCACCGACGAAUCGCUGAAAUCACUCUCUGAGAGAUGCCGUGAUCUGGAAGCUCUCGGUCUACAAGGCUGCGCCAAUAUCACUGAUUCAGGCCUUUCUGAUCUUGUGAAGGGAUGCAGAAAGAUUAAAUCUUUGGACAUCAAUAAAUGCAGCAAUGUCGGAGACGCUGGUGUUUCCAGCAUGGCUAAAGCUUGUGCAUCUUCCCUCAAGACGCUCAAAUUGCUAGACUGUUACAAAGUCGGGAACGAGUCUAUAUUGUCCCUGGCGCAGUCUUGCAAGAAUCUGGAAACUCUGAUAAUCGGUGGAUGUAGAGACAUCUCUGACGAAUCUAUCAUGUUACUGGCAGAAUCUUGCAAAGAUAGUCUCAAGAAUUUGAGGAUGGAUUGGUGCUUGAAUAUUUCUGACUCUUCCCUUAGCUGCAUUCUGAAGAAGUGCAAGAACUUGGAGGCUCUAGAUAUAGGUUGCUGUGAAGAGAUCACUGACGUUGCUUUCAGGGAUUUGGGGAGCGACGAUGUUUUGGGGUUGAAGGUUUUAAAGGUGAGCAACUGCACAAAGAUCACAGUAACAGGGAUAAGCAAGCUUUUGGAGAAAUGCAGUUCCUUGGAGUAUCUAGAUGUAAGAUCUCUUCCACAAGUGACAGAAGUAAGAUGCAGUGAAGCUGGCCUGGAGUUCCCCAAUUGUUGUAAAGUUAACUUUUCUGGAAGUCUAACCGAGCCAGAGUUUCUGCUUUGAUCGUUUCGUUUACUUGAGGAAAGAUUGUAUCUUCCUCCAAAAUCUCUGUGAUCUCUCUGUCUCUCCUGUAUCUUGUCUCGCGUAUGGGCACACUCAUGGGCUUAUGGUCCAUCAGUGAGUCCUCAAGCUCUUGUACAUUUUUGUGCGUUUAGUAGUUUGGUUGUGGCGGCUUCUUGAUUAUUCUUCAGUUGCUUUGAUAAGUGUGUGUGUGUGUAGUUUUGGUUGUAUCUGCUUCUCCUUAUGGAGUAAAAAAAGGCUCAGCACUUGAUAUUUGAAGACUAUGAUUCUCUAUGUAAUACAAUAGAGCAGUGUUAAGCUUUUGUUGUGAUCAGUGGAGCUCUUUGAUUUUUCUUUU